CGGUUGUAAUAGACGACAGUAAUAUCUUCAGAAAAUGCCUGAGAACACAGCGACAGAAAUGGAGGAAAAUCGAGAGGUACCCAAAAAGAAAAGUUUCGGUAUUAACAAAAAUUUGAUCAUGUUGAAGCUGACUCUAUUUUUCCUUUACGGAGCUACUUCAUCGCUCGUGCCUUACUUAACUAUCCAUAUGCAGAGCAUUGGCUUGAGUAUGGAACAGAUUGCACUGAUAUACCUUUCAUUGCCUUUUACAACUUUUCUCGCCCCUCCGGUAACGGGCUAUUUGGUAGACAGAUUCGGAAGGUAUAAACCGGUGGUCAUUAUAUCCUUCAUCCUGACAGCAGCCAUACACCACGUCUUGCUACUCAUACCACAUCAAGAGAGGCCAGGAGUAGUGCCAGAUGGGUACGUUAUUCGGCAUCCCCGGAAAAUGAUAGUAGAAGUUUGGUGGAGUCCAUGUCCGAGUAGAUCUUGCCCAGAAAUGGAGGAGUUGGACGUAGUCCUUGACAUGUGCGUGGAUCACUGUUUACUGUUGGAUGCAAAGCUGUUAAAAGAAAUGCAAAUUGAAAACGGCAGCGAUCCAGGCGAUAUGGACGAUUUAGUCUUCCAUUUGAAGAAGAAAAAGAGGAACGACACUGCUACACAGUUCACGUUAGAUAUGCACCCAAACCUUGGGGACGCUGUGGAACAGUUCGGUAUAGAACUGGAAUCUGCAGAGGAAGACGACGAUGUGACGGAAUUCAAAAAAAGGUUUAAGUCUGGCAUGUUAAAGAAAAACGGCGUGGAUGUAAAGGAAUUAGAAGGAAAAGAUCUGAGGUGUGGGGGACUUGUGCUGCAAGCGAAUGUUAGUACAAAAGACCGCUUGACGAAUUACACCAGUGAUUGUAUAUUGCAAAAGUGUCAGUUCCGUUCGGGUGGCCCAGAAGUUUGUCCGCCAGAUUAUAAGGAGUCGGAUGAUCAAACUUUUUGGACUUAUUUCGUACUUAGAUUUGUAGGAAGUAUAACGAUGACGGCAGCAGUAACUAUUAUGGAUCCAAUCGCACUCGCUAUGAUAGAGAAAUACGGAGGGGAUUUUGGAAAAGAACGGUUGUUUUCAAGUCUAGGUAUGGCUCUGUUUUCGCCCAUUACCGGCGCUUUAAUCGAUUGGAGCAGUAGAAGAUUAGGCUACACAGAUUAUUCGGCGGCCUUUUACACCUUCGACGUAUUACUGCUAGUUUCAGCCGUGGCAGUUUUUAUGAUGCCGUUGGGUACGAAAUUACCAGCGGAUAAUGUCUUCAGGGAUUUACUAAGCAUUAUCAAGAUGCCACAUUUGGUCUUGUUUAUAUUUUUCUUGUACAUUCUUGGUAAUUUAUGGGGAUUCAUCGAAAGCUUCUUGUUCUUUUAUCUCAGAGAUUUAGGGGCUCCGAACUAUCUACUUGGAAUAACAGUUACUGUAGGGACAAUAAGUAGCCUGCCAUUCUUAUACGGGGCGGAUAAUAUCACGAAGAAAAUUGGACAUAUUAACAUCAUUAUUGUCGCAUUUUUCGCACACGCAGCUAGGCUUGUUGGAUAUUCCGUAAUAGAGAGCGCUUGGUGGUGUUUUCCUUUCGAAGCAAUGGAAUCAUUAUCCGUACAUCUGAUGUGGGUAGCUGCAGCUACAUAUUGUGCUGUAAUAGCCCCUAAAGGACUAUUGGCUACUCUUAUCGGCGUCUGCGCAAUGGCGCAUUUCAGUAUAGGCAGAGGUAGUGGUAGUUUUGUUGGAGGUCAUAUUAUAGGCAAGGUAGGGAUUAGACAAGCCUUUAAGUUGAUGGGAAUGGUAGCAGUUACCUCCGGAUUAUCGUACGCUUUGCUCUACUACUUUUGGUUACGGAAAAUUGAUAUAAAAGAUGAGGAAGAAGAUAUAUGUUAUGAGCCUGAAAAGCUUAAAGAUGGCGAACCCAAAUAUAAAGAUCAGUCCACCAUGGUCAGUUUUGAGCGAUUAAGUUUAGUCGUAGAAUACAACCAAAUUGGAUCUAUAACCUCGCUAGGAAGGAACCACAUGGUGAGGACAAGAAGUAACAGUAUUAGGCGAGGAAGUGUGGGCACGCCUCUGAAACAAGCCAAAAGCACGAAUUCCAAAAUUGAUUUACUUAAAUCGGCUAUUGAAAUAAAUCAGUCCAAAGUUUCUAAUCAAAAUUUCAAAGCGUCGAACAAUUAUAUCAACAAACCGAAUAGUAGCGGAAAGUUGUUCCCUGAUUUGGCCAAUAGCACACCUAAACUGCACCAAAGAAGUGCUAGCCUUGUGGCUCCAGACCAUGAGUUGGAAAAAUUCAUUCCCAACGAAAGGGAUGAAAUAGUUUAUGAUGAAAUUAAAAAAGCGAAUAACAAAAACUCGAAAGAAAACUUGUCCUAGCAUUUACCUACACAAUAAAAUAGUUGCUUGAUGAAUUGUGAUCAAAUUCAAAUUAUUAAAUUUUUUAGGGUUUCGACUUCACGCUAUUGAACUUUAUUCUUAAAGAGAAUAAAAUAAUGACAGAAUAGUAGAAGAAUUAAAGAAUCACAAAAUUAUGUGAUGAAAUAUAUAUUUUUAUGCUCGAUUUUUUGGAGUUCACUUUUAAUAAUCGCCGUAUAUGUAAUCGUAGGUACAUUUUUUUAUAAUUAUUCUUGAUUGUUAUAGUACGUAUAUAAAUAAAACGAUAUUUAUGCAAUA